UGGCUGGUGACGCAGAGAGCUGAGUGUUCAGAGUGACGGAGAAGUGCGUGGACGCCAGAGCUCAGCAGCAGGGUAGAGUAAGCUGUAGUACACUAGUAUGCAAUUGGAAAAGCUUUGGACUUGGAAUUAUAUUAAGACAGCUUUUCCGGAUAGGACACCAUCCCCACGCUGCAGGAGAUGUACAGAUAAUAAGGAGAUAAUGGCACGGGUUUGAACCAUGUAAUAGGCCUCUUUCUCUCCAAAUCGCGAGAGGUGAGUUUUUGGUUUGUUGGGCUCGGGUACAGAGUGACAGCUGCUCCCAGCUCACACCCCGGACACUUGUCUCCGAGCUUGGAGACAAGCUGUAGAAGAAGUUAGAGCCCCCCAUUCAAAAAACUUGAGCUCUGAGAAAAUGGUGAGCUGUGCACAUACAAGCUGGAAUGACUAACAUGAGUAGAAGGUGCAACUGCUGAUCAAAUCGCACAUGAAGCAAUAAUUUGAGAACCCACAACUGACAAAAUGAGGAUUUUAAGGGCUUUAAUGAGCAGCGCAUCCAUCGGGAAACUUGUUGAUCACUACUCCAGGUUUUCGCCCUCACCCCUAUCAAUGAAACAGUUCAUCGAUUUUGGUUCUGAAAAUGCAUGUGAGAAGACCUCGUUCAGGUUCCUCAGAGAGGAGCUGCCUGUUAGAUUGGCCAACAUUAUGAAAGAGAUUAACCUGCUGCCGGAUAACUUGCUCAGGACGCCUUCAGUGGGCCUGGUGCAGAGCUGGUACAUCCAAAGUCUCCUAGAUAUACUAGAAUUCAAAGAGCAAAAUGCAAACAGUGAAAAAGUAAUUUCUGAUUUCACCGGCGCAGUGAUCAAGAUCCUCAGCAGGCAUAAUGAUGUGGUUCCCACAAUGGCACAGGGAGUGGUAGAGUACAAGGAAGCAUAUGGUACUGAUCAUAUAACAAGCCUUAACAUGCAAUACUUCCUGGAUCGCUUUUACAUGAGCAGGAUUUCCAUCAGAAUGCUCCUUAACCAGCACACACUGCUUUUCGGAGGGAAGGUGCAGGUGAACCCAGCUCAUCCUAAACAAAUAGGCAGUAUUGAUCCUUGCUGUUGUGUCACUGAUGUGAUUAAAGAUGCAUAUGAAAACGCUCGAGACUUAUGCGACCGAUACUACAUGAACUCGCCAGAAUUAAAACUAGAAGAAUUCAAUGGUAAAGAACCCAGCAAGCCCAUAACUGUGGUUUAUGUGCCAUCUCAUUUGUAUCACAUGGUGUUUGAACUGUUUAAGAAUGCCAUGCGAGCGACCAUGGAGUUGUACGGUGACACUACGGAGUAUCCUCCAGUUCAUGUUAAGGUCAUCCUGGGUGAUGAAGAUCUCACUGUGAAGGUCAGUGAUCUUGGAGGUGGGGUACCACUCAGGAAGAUUGACAGGUUGUUCACCUACACAUACUCCACUGCUCCAAAGCCUCGAAUGGACACGUCCCGUGCAGCACCACUAGCUGGUUAUGGCUACGGCUUGCCAAUCUCCAGACUGUAUGCCAGGUACUUCCAGGGGGAACUGCAGCUAUACUCCAUGGAGGGUCAUGGCACGGAUGCCAUUAUAUACAUCAGAGCACUUUCUACAGAAUCCAUCGAAAGGCUUCCGGUAUAUAACAAAUCAGCAUGGAAACAUUACAAGGCCAUCCAUGAGGCAGAUGACUGGUGUGUGCCAAGCAAAGAGCCCAAAGACAUGAGCACCUUCCGCAUCAUAUAGACAUUUGGCACCAAAGGCAGGACGUACAAUGUGUGUUGAGAUUAUGAGAUUGAAUGUACAGCAGGAUCGUUUCUAGAAAAAAAUGUAACUGCUAAAUGAUUUUUUUUUUUUUUUUUACUUUACACUGAUUGUAAACUGUAUUGUGAAUCAGCUCAUAUGAGCUAUUAAGCAUCUAGUGUUAGAUCUCAGUGAGAUCUUGUAUUAGUCUGAUUGAGGUGUUUGGGUGUCUAUUGGUUACAUGUUGUGUGUUAAAAAACAAAUCUGCAAUUAUAUAUAUAUAAGUGUCAGUGCUUAUCUCAUAAAUGUUAUUACAAAUUUAACUAUGAUAACAUUAUGAAUAAUUGGAGCCUUUACUGGCUUGCUGACAGAUGUAAUGAUGGCAGUAGCUAAUUACUAUACCAUAUUAUAACAUGGGUGGAUGUCAGGAAUGCACUCAUGCACCAGGGGGGGAAAAAAAAAAGGGAAAAUAAAUUUAUUAUUGCUGCUCAUACACUCAUACCAGAGAAAUAACUGGAUAUUAAACUUUCCUCAUGGUCUGACAAAAUCCUGCAUUGAAACAAUAAAAAUCCUUUUAUACAGGAA